AUGGCAUCAGAUUCCCACACUCUUCUCCCAGUUCUCCAUAAGGAAACUGUCUUCUCUGAUUGGCAGAGUGAUGCCAAGGCCUAUCUCAGAGGCAAAGAGGUGUUUGUGUACUGCACUGCCACCUUUGAUGCAGCCAAGCAUGAGGAAGUCAAGAAGGACAAGUGUGCUGGCAUCUUGUGGAGCAUGCUUUCCCCUGAUGUUAGGUCCCUAGUGCGUCAGCAUGAGGAUGAUCCCAAGGCCUUAUGGGCUGCAUUGCCUUCAAUCUUUGCACCCAAGCAGGCUGGGCAGCGCUUCAAUGCCUAUAAAAACCUUACCUCCAUCAGACUCAAGGAGGGUGAGGGCUUGCUAAGCCUUGUGGGUCGUGUAUCUGAGGCUGUGCGCUUCCUCAAAAGCUCUAGGCCUGAUUCCUUCACACUGGAUAAGGCUGAUGAAGAGCUGCAUGCUGUGGUUCUCCUCAUGGCCUUGCCUGAUUCUGAGCCUGCUUAUGCAACUCUGAAGGCUCCCUUUGAGCAAUCCCAUGAUGCUCUCAAGGUGGCUGCCAUUGAACAGGCCUUCACCUCAUGGUCUGCUUUCAGGGCAGCAGGCAAUGCAGGAGACUCUGGGCAGAGCAAUCCUCUGUCUGGAGCUGCAAUGAUCACUUCUGCCAAUCCUCCUUCUGCUGCACUGGAGGCUGCAUCUGGUCCCUCCCAGCCUUGCCAGUCUGUUAUUCUCACGAAUGUCUUGUUUGUUCCUGCUCUGUCUCACAAUCUGAUCUCCACUACAUACCUGUCAGUUCACCAUGACUACACUGUGCUCAUGAAGGAGAACUACAUCCUGUUCAAGCGCAAUGGUGAAGUGUACUUUGUGGCAGACAUCUCAGAGCAAGGCCAGGCAUUUCAACAGCCGCCUGCUCGUCCUCUCCCUGCACCUCGAGUUCCCUCUCCUGCAGCCAGCAGUGAUGAUGAAAUCAACUUUCUACGUCGAGCUCCACCACCUCCAUCUCCACCACCAGCUGGGGAUGCCCCGCUUCACCCUCCACCCUCGCCUCCUCCUCCCCAAUCUCCAAUUGGGGUGGCAGCUCGUCGUGCUGCUGCUGGCAUUCAUCGUGUCCCUGCACCACCCAGAAGGGCUCCAGCUCCGGCUGCUGCUCCUCCCAGGCGCACCAUGGCAGAGAUUUUUGAAGAGAUCCCUGAAGACCUCAGCGACGAUGAGCUGCUUCUGAAAUCCUAA